GUUGUUUGUAGUAGAGGUGGGGUGGUGAUAAAUUUAGACGUGAAUGUCUUCAAAGAAAGAAGAAACUAAAUAUAUUUUUACGAAAAACACGUCAACAAUAAAUUUACCCUCCAAUAAAAAAAAUAAAAAAUAAUAAUCAUAAUCAUAAUACAUCAAUAUUAAAGAUAUCGCGCCGUAAUAAUACAAAGUCCGAAAAACUAACGAAAUUGUAAACGUGUGUUACUUCAAUAAUCAUCGGUAAUAUUCAUUCUGGUAAGGCACGUGAGCAGAACUAAUUCUAUGUCUUGGAUAGAAACGUCUAAUGGAAACCGAAUAUCAAAAGAUUCAACUAUAUCUGGUUCAAAUAGGAUACUUUUAAGUGGUAAUACAACAGUACAUGCUGGGGUGGUCUUAAAAGGAGAUGUACCAUUAGCUAGUCAAGAUUCAGAGAAAGUUACGUCAUCUAUUCAAAUUGGAAAAUAUAGUUAUCUCAAUCAAGGAUGUAUUAUUGAACCUCCAGUUGUUAGUGUGGGGACAACUUCAAAAGUUUAUGGGCCAGUAAGAAUCGGUUCUUAUGUAAUCGUAGGUACAAAUACCGAGAUACUGCUGGCCAGUAUAGGUAAUCGAGUUUUAAUUGAAGAUAAUUGCAAAUUAGGAAAUUUGAGUAUAAUUUAUGAUUGUUGUUAUAUUCGAGAAGGGUGUGUAGUGCCACCUAGAACGGUCAUCCCUCCAUUUAGUGAAGUCUCAGGUACCCCGGGAAUUGAUUUCGCUAUUAAGUCAUUGAAUAAUAGUUAUCGUAAACUUAUAGAAGUUGAAGCACGAGAAAAAUAUAUAUUAGGAUAAAUAAAAAAAUAUACUUGACAGUCCUUUAUUUCUUUUCAUUAAUUAUAUAAUACAAAUGUCUGUACACUAUUUCUUGGUUGUUCUUUGUUGGA